AUGACACAAGACGGUUUGGCGUACGGUGCACCAGACGGCGCUGCCCUCAGGCCCGUGAUGCUUAACAUCGCCGGGUUGAUCGCCGUUGCCGCCCCCUCCCCCUCCGAGACCAUCCCGGUGGACGGGAUGCGACAGUUGUCGGGAAUCAGCCAAGGCUCACACACAACCCUCACUCAACUUCAAAUUUUCCGAAAGUCUGAGGACUGGGUAAUGCCGGCUCACGGCGGAUACCAGAUUCCCGGAUGCCUGGACUAG